AUGAAUUUGACUAAAAUAAAUGAUGCAAAUAUAAUAGAUGUCGAUUAUUAUUUUAUAUUAAAUUUAGGGUUUUUUAUUUGUUUUGAAAAUGAAUAUAAUUAUUUAUUAAAAUCUGAAAAUUAUAAUAAUGAUAAAACAAAGUUAUUAAGGAAAAUAAAAAACUUAAAAAAAUUUAUUAGUCAUGAAAAAAAGAAGAAAAGAAAAAUUAAAAUAUCAAAAAUAGAAGAAACAACAAUUCAUGGAAAAUACUUAAAAGUUAAAAAAUUAUCAAAGAAAAAUGAUAAUGAAAAAAUUAUAAAUAUUAAAAAAAAAAACAACAACAAUAAUAUUAAAAAAAGAAAAACAAAUAAUUUUCAAAUAACAAGUUAUUUAAUUAUUAAUAAUGAGUUUUUUAGUUACCCUGUUCGGUUAAAAUGUACUAAUAAUAAUAAAAAAAAAAAAAGUAAUAAAAUUGAUAAAAAAGAAGGGAGUUUUAUUUUUUCCAAAAGUGAUACAACUUUUAAUAAUUUAAAUUGUAAAUUAAAUAUUAAAAAUGAUUCUGUAAACUCAUUUUUAACUAAUGAAGAUUCAUUAAGUGAAACUGACAAAAGUGAAAGGUUGUCAAAUUUUAAACAAAUAUGUAACACUGAUAAAGGUAUUAUCAGUAAACAGACUUUUCAAAAUAAUAUAGAAAUGUAUGAAGUUAAUAAAAGCAAAACAAAUGAAAUCCAUAAACAAAGAAAAGAAAAAUAUGAUAUAUUUAAAACAUUGUUAAGCCAAAAAAAAAAAAAAAAAAUUUCUAAUAAUAUUUGUUUAAUAAAUAAAAGUAUUAAAUUUCCAAUAAAAUAUAAUCAAUUAUAUGAUAAUUCUUAUAUAUUUUUUAUUAUACAAAAUAUAAAUAAUGAUAAAAUAACAUACUACAGCUAUUGCAGUUUAUUUACAUCAAACGGUGUAUUAAAACAAGGAAUACAAGUAAAAAAAUUAUAUUAUUUAAAAAAAAAAAAAAAAAUUAAAGAACAUAUUCUGAAUGCACUGAAAAAUAAACUUUAUUACAGCUAUAAUGAUCUAUUAAAGGAAAAGAAAAAAAUAUAUAAUUUUUUAAAAAAAAAUUGCAUAUAUUAUGAUUUAGUAAAAUUGUAUAAUUUUAAAAACAAAAAAGCAAAAAAAGGAAAAGAGAAAGAGAAAGAGAAAGAGAAUGAGAAUGAGAAAGAGAAAGAGGAAGAGAAAUAUAUAUGUAAAAUUAAAAACACUGAUAAUUUUAAAAUAUAUAAAAAAAAUAAAAAAGUAAGAAAAAAUAUUAACUUAAAAUAUAAUGAUCAAAAAAAUUUAAAUAUAAAAUUAUGUAGUUUUGAAAGAUUUAAUACUACCAAAAAAAUAUAUAAGGAUACUGAGAGAAAUUCUAUUUCAAAAAAAUUCAAAGAUCAUAAUAACAAUGAUAAUAACGAAGAAACCGUAGUAAAUUCUAUUAGUAAUAAUGUUAAUCCUUUUACGAAUAAAAUCUUUAAUAUAAAUAAUUAUGGAAGAAAAAAAUGUUACAAAUUAAAUAAUUACUCUGCUGAGUUAUGUUCAAAAAAUUUGAAAUAUAACAAUUUUUAUAAAGUACUGUUAAAAUAUAAAUACAUUGAAAAUUUAAUAUUUUCUAUAAAAAAAGUUUUGUUAGAAAAUUGCAAGUAUAAAAAAAAUACAUAUAUUGAAAAUUAUUCAGAAAAUAAAUAUAUAAAUAAUUAUAAGGACAAAGAGAAUGAUUUUAAAAAUUAUAAAAAAAAACAUUCCUCAUUCAGUAAAACGAACGUAAAUGAUUCUUUAAAUGGCAAUUCUUUAUAUUAUAGAAAAAUUAUGAGUUUAAAUGAUAAAUUAAUAAGCAGAAAUAAUUUUUUACUAAAUAAUGAUGUUUUGAACCCAAAAAAAGAAAAUAUAAAAUAUAAUAAAGUAAAAUUAAAGAAAAAAAUAUCUUUAAAAUGUAAAAAAGAAUUAUAUUAUUUAAAACUUUGUCAUAACUUAUAUAAAUUUAAUAAUAAUAAUAAUAAUAAUGGUUUAAAAUUAUGUAAAAAAAUAAUCAAUUUAUAUAAAAAAUGGAAUAUAAUUAAGCAAAAAAAAAUAGCAGGGUAUAUUAUUUUUAAUUUUAUGAAUUUUAAUAAGGACAUAAUAUAUUAUAAUGAAAAUAAAAAUGUCUUAUCUACAUUUCAUGAAAACAUUUUUGAUGCAAUUGGUAACAAUCAAUAUGAAUACUAUAAUUAUAAUUCUAAUUCAAUGAACAAUUAUGACUGGUUUUUUAAUUCAUUUGAUUAUGUUGGAAAAACAGAUAAUAAUGCAUUGCUAAGUGAUAAUGCUAUAAAUAAAAAAAUUAAAAAAAAUAUUUUAAUAAGUGAAUGUUCAAAAAAUUAUAAUGAUAAAGAAACACUUACAAGUUCAAUAAAAUUAUUAGAAAAUGUUGAAAAUGAAAAAAAAAUUAUUCAAAAUGAUAAUAAAAGUGUUAAUCAGAUGAAUGAAAAAAAUGAAGAAAAUUAUGAAUUGAAAGAAUCUAUCAAUAUAAAAAAUGAUAGCAAUCAUUGCAAUAAAAACAUAGAUAAUAGUAAUAAUAAGAAUGAAAAUAAAACUUUUAUAAAUUAUAACAAUGAUCAAAAUAAAGAAACUACCAAUUAUAGAAAUUGUUAUGGUAAUAUUUAUAUUUCUAAAGAAGAUAACACACAUGAAAUAGACACAAUGAAUGAAAUAUAUAAUAAAGAUAAUAAUGAGAAAAAAGAAAAAACACAAAAAAGUGAUAAUUUAUUAGAAUCAAAUGACAUUUUUUCUCAAAAUAGCAAUGAUACAUCAUAUUCGAAAAUGAAGGAGAAAAAACUAAAUGAUAUUUUUCAACAUAUAAGUAAAUAUAUAAACCGUAUAAGUAAAAAUAUUAAUAUAACAAAUAAAAAUAGAUAUGACGAUUAUCCCUUUGAUUUUUUAUCAAAGGAAAAAUUUGAAUAUAUAUCUGUGUUAACACCUACCAUUAAUGAAAUAAAAACAUUAAGUACUAUUUUAAAUAUACCAUUAAUAAAAAUGAAUGAAUAUGAAAAAGAUUGUAUAUGGAAGUUUCGUUUUCAUCUUUUAAAUAGAAAGGAAACUCUUGGAAAAUUUUUAAAAUGUGUAAACUGGGAAAACAAAGAUGAAGAAGAAGAAGCAAUUAUUUUAUUAAAUAAGUGGCCAAAACCUUGCUUAGAAGAUUGCCUUGAAUUAUUUCAUUCAUAUUUGCAUCAUAAUGUUAUUAAAAAAUAUAUUAUUGAUAUUAUAAAAAACACCAAAAAAGAUCAAUUAAAAUUAUAUUUAUUUCAGCUAGUACAAUGCUUAAGAAUUUCUAAUUAUGAAAAUAUUGAUAAUCUAUUCAUAAAUACGUUAAUACAUAAGUGUGUUAAAUCUAAAAAAUUGUCUAUAUAUUUACAUUGGCUUCUUCUAAGUGAAACAAAAGAUAAAUUAAAAGGAAAUAUAUAUUUACAUAUUCAUAAAUUAUUUAUUAACAAUCUAAUGAAUUCUAAUUUAAAAAAAAAAAAAGAAAUUUUAGAAAUUUUAAAAAAUCAAAAUAGAUUUCGUAAUCAACUUCUUUAUUUAACUAAGAUUGCGAAAAAUAAAAGUGAUCGCAUACAAAACAAAACAAGAAAAUUAAGACAAUUCAUAUUUUAUUAUAGAAAAAAUUAUGGAUAUAUAAAUAUUAAAGACUUUAUUAAAAAUAAUAUAUUUGUAACUGAUAAUAAUAUUUAUGAUUUUUCUCAUUUAAGUUCUACCGAUAACAAAAUUCUUAGUAGUAAUAUUCCAUAUGAAUUAAGUUUAAAUUUAGAAAAAGAAAUAAAAAAUGAAGAAAAAAAUUCAAAAGAAAAUUAUCAUAGACAAAAUUAUUUAUCUAAAAUAGUUAAAAAGAAUAUUUUUCCUGAAGAUACUAACAAAGAAGAUUUUGUAAAUGAAGAUAAAAAUGUGUAUGUUUGCCGUAUAGAAAAUAGUAACGAUAAUAGCAUAAAAAAAUCCCUUGAAAAUACUAAUCAAAAUAAUAUAGAAGAUAAGGAAUACUUUGAUUGUAAUGAUAGAAAAAAUAAUAUCAGUAAUUCUAUUUAUUAUUUAGAUAAUGAACUAACUAUUAAUUAUGACAUAAAUGAAGAUAUCUAUUUUUUUCAAUAUAAAAAAGAUCUUAAUCAAAGAUUAAGUUCUGAUAUUAGUAAUGAAUCAAGUAGUUUAAUUAAUUAUAUUGAUGAUUCAAAAAACAUAAGAAUAGAAAAAAGCAAAGAUAAUUCUUUCUUUUCCAAUUUUUUACAAUUUAAUGAUAAUUUCGAUUUUUUUCUAAGUAGUACCUAUAGUGAUGAAGAUAACAACAUUGAAAUUUUAGAUGAUUCAAUAAAUAUUGUUCAAAAACAAAAAAUAAAAAAAAUUAAAACACCUUUAAUUUUACCAGUUGAUCCCAAUAUAGAAUUAUUAAGUUUUUUACCUGAGCAGUCAUAUGUAUUGCGCUCUUCUUUAUAUCCUAUUGUUAUAGCUUGUUUAGUUAGAAAAAAAAUAAAACUUGAUCAUGAAUAUUCUCAUAAUUUAAUCAUUAAUAGACAAAAAUAUUUAAAAAAAAAUAUAAAAAAUAAAAAAAAUUAUUCAUUGUAUAAUUCAUAUAACUCUAAAUUUAUUAAAGCUUUAUACAAUUCUUAUGACAAUGUAAAAGAUUUUGACUACUUUUAUCAAAAUAUAAAGUAUAAGAAUAAUAACAUAUUUUACAAAAAGAAGAAAAUUGAAAAAAUUGAUAUAAAAAAUUAUGGAAUUUCUUCCAUUGAACUAAAUGAAGGUAAAAGUUUUUCUUUUGAUAAAAAUAAAAAAUCCGAAUAUGAUAAUUCUGAUAAUGUUAAUAAAAAUAAAAUAAACAUAAUGCGUAAAAUGGGAGAUUUUAAAGAAGAUAAAUUUAAAGAAAAUGAAGAGAAGUAUUACAAUGAAUAUGAACAUGAAAGUAGUGAAUAUAAAGAAAAUGAAUGUUUUGAAAAUAGAGAAAAGCAAAAAGAUGGGAAAAACGAAGAGGAAACUAAUGAAGACAAUGAAAAAGAGGAUCAUAUGGAAAAGAAUACUUCUGUAAGUUUUAUUAAAAAAGGAAAUGUAAAAAAAAAAAAAAGUAUAAAAAGAUAUAAUGAAAUAUACGAGUUAUCAAUAAAAAAAUAUAUUUAUAAAGCGGGGGAUGAUUUAAGACAAGAUCAUUUAGUAAUACAGAUUUUAUAUAUAAUUGAUAACAUAUGGAAAAAUUAUGGAUUAAACUUAAAGUUAACUCUAUACAGAGUUUUAGCUUUAUCAACUGACGAUGGAUUUAUUGAAUUUGUUGAUUAUGCUGAAUCUAUAUCUUCUAUAAAAAAAAAUUAUAAAGGAGAGAUUAGGCAGUAUUUUAUUGAUAAUAGUUCUGAUCCUAAUCCCCCCUUAGGAUUUGAUGCGCAAAAAUUAGAAAAUUUCAUAUCAAGUUGUGCAGGUUAUAGUGUAAUAACAUAUAUAUUAGGAAUAGGUGAUAGGCAUUUAGAUAACCUGAUGGUCUCAAAAGAUGGUUGUUUUUUUCAUAUUGAUUUUGGAUAUAUUUUUGGAGAAGAUCCAAAACCUUUUUCUCCUCCUAUGAAAUUAUGUAAAGAAAUGAUUGAAGCAAUGGGUGGAGCUCACAGCGUAGGUUAUGAACAAUUUUUAAAAAAAUGUUGUUUAGGUUAUAAAUAUUUAAGAUAUCAUUCAAAACUUAUAAUAAGUUUAUUAGAUGCUAUGUGUGAAUCAGGACUCAAAGAUAUGAAAACAAGCCCUGAAUUAUGUGUUUUAAAAGUUCAAGAAAAGUUUAGACUUGACUUAAAUGAUGAAGCAGCAGAAAUAUAUUUCUUAAGUGUCAUUAAUGCGUCAGUUAAAACACUAUUUCCUGUUGUUGUAGACAAAUUGCAUGAAUGGGCUUUAAAUUGGAAAUAA